CUUUAAUUACAACAGAGAAGUGAAAGUAGAGCAGCCAGAACCCGAGGAACAACUCACAGGUCCCAUCACUUCUUGCAGCUCAGCGUCGGGGACUAACAAUCAAGAUGAAUCAUCUGAUACGUAACUGGCCAAUCACUUGCCUCUUAAUCCUGCCAAUAACAGCGCAGGGAAUCUCCCAGGAGCCCCUGGACAUGGCAGCGGAUGCCUUUGAUGACCAGUACAUUGGGUGCAGGAACCACGUGGACCUUCUGAUGGAAGAGAUUCUAAAGACUGAGAUGUCCGAAAAUAAAUUGUUGAGAAGAGCUUGGACUGAAGCAGAAAAGAUAUGGACCCAGCAGAAGAAAAGGAAGGUUGAGUGUGAGCUGCCGGAUGGGUUUAGAGAUAAUCAUGGCAUUGCCCUGGUGGCAUAUUCUGGGUUUAUUAAAACAUAUUUCAAUGUGGCUGUGAAAUCAGCCGGCAGGUCCUACAGUGAUUAUUUGCACGGGUUCCACUACAAGUCCCUCCAUUUCUACCUGACUGUGGCUGUGCAGCUCCUGUCUGACGGAUGCACCAAAUGGCACAGAAUUGUCUUUUCUGGCACCGAGUCAGCCCAUUACACCAGUAACAAUACAGCCCAUUGGGUCAGGUUUGGCCACUUUCUAUCCACCUACACCGAGAAGGAACAGGCCACGGUCUUUGGAAACGGCACAGUCUUCACUAUCAGGAGCUGCUAUGGGGUUGAGAUUGAGAGGUUCUCCCAGUUCCCCCAUGAAGAAGAAGUUCUGGUCCCAGGAUACGAGAUGUUCUAUGUCUCUCAUUCCCAUGAGUCCAAUGAAAUUACUUUGGAGACUUCUGGGCAAACCUUCAGCAAAUUUAACUGCGUCUUAACUGGAGGCAGGAAAUACCACCCGAACCAAUCAGAGUAUUUCUCCUCCGGUACAACGGGGAGGAUCCUCCGUGCGGCUACAACUCACCUGCUCCUGCCUCUGUCCAUAUUGACCUUGGUAUAAAGCCCUGACCUUCCCUACGGAUGGAACUCAUUGCCCUCUGUGCCUGGGACCCCCCGCUCUUUCCAUUCAUCUCAUUGGUCUUUAUUAGACAGGGGGUGGGGUCAGUAGUGGGUGGGUGGAGCAUGUUUGUGUAAAAGCAUUAACACUAUAGUGGGUUGGUACAUCAGUUGGUUUGUCUGUGGAUAUUAUUAAUGCCAGUGGUGUCGCUCAGGUCCAAACUGGUCAGAGUCAGAAUAGUCUCUGGCAUUUCAGGUACACCCCAAUAAUAGUGCUUUACCUUUAAAUAUGUUAUAGAAUGACCAAUUCUAAGCAACUUUUCAAUUGGCCUUCAUUAUUUAUUUUUUUUAUAGUUUUUGAAUUGUUUCUUCUUCUGACUCUUUCCAGCAAUCAAAUAGGAGUCACUGACCCCAUCCAAAAAGCAAAUGCUCUCUAAGGCUACAAAUGUAUUGUUAUUGCUACUUUUUAUUCCUCGCCUUUCUAUUCAGUCCCUUUCCUAUUCAUAUUCUCUUAUUCAAAUCAUUGCAUGGUUGCUAGGGUAAUUUGUACCCUAGCAACCAAUGGCUGAAAUUGCAACCCGGAGAGCUGCUGAAUAAAAAGCUAAAUAAGUCAAAAAACCACAAAUAAUAAAAAAUGAAAACCAAUAACAAAUUGUCUCAGAAUAUCCCUCUCUAGAUCACACUAACAGUUAAUUUAAAGGUGAACAACCCCUUUAAGGCAUCUUACAGCCCCCAAUAAAUAGUGGGUGUCUAUGGCAUUUUACAACAGCUCCCCAGAUUUUCCAGAACCCCCAGAUUUCUAGUCUGAUGUUGAGGGGAUUUUUGGGGAUUGAAAGUUUCUUUUCAUGUUACAAUUUGUCGUAUGUUUUCUAAUAUUGUGUUUUUUGCAUUGUAUCUUGUGUUCCCAUUUGCUCCAGUAUCCUGUGGGAGGAUCUCGUUGGAUUUAAUUGUGUGGGUGAUUAUUAGCCAGGAAAUAAUAAAGUUUAUUGGCUCUUU